AUGGGAAAAAAUGUGCUUGCAGUUCCCUUGCCGAUAUUAGCAACGCCAAAUGGGCUCAACGUGGAGAUCAAGAUCAUUUGCCAAGUGAGAGACUAUGCUAAUUUGGUUGAAUUGGUGGAGAAGGCCGCUCUCACCGAGUCGAGGUGGGAUGAGAAGGGGAAGAGAAAGUUAUCCGAGGUGGUGAAGAUAACAAAACCGAGUAGGCCAGCAUCGGUUAACCUGAGAGGAGGCGGGAAUACUGAAGGAGGCUACUGCCCGGGUAACAACUGA